GGCCGGGGGACGCGGGUGGCUCCAGGUGGUACCCCGGCUGAGUCACGCUGCGGGCGCGUCCCUACGGGGUCCGGUGGCUGAGUGGGCGAAAGCCCCGGGCGGGAGGACCUGCCCUCCGGAGAGCCGGUCCCUGCUCUUCCUGCCUCUUCCCCUGGCAUAUGGCUCAGCGACUUCUGCUGAGGAGGUUCCUGGCCUCCACUAUCUCCAGGAAGUCCCCUCAAGGUCGGUGGGAACCCCUCACCUCCAGGGCCCUGCAGACCCCACAAUGCAGUCCUGGUGACCUGACAGUAACACCCAGCCAAGCACGGUCAAUAUACACCACCAGAGUCUGUACAACCACCUUUAACAUCCAGGAUGGACCUGACUUUCAAGACCGAGUCGUCAACAGCGAGACACCAGUGGUUGUGGAUUUCCAUGCACAGUGGUGUGGUCCCUGCAAGAUCUUGGGGCCAAGGUUAGAGAAGGUGGUGGCCAAACAGCAUGGAAAGGUGGUGAUGGCCAAGGUGGAUAUUGACGACCACACAGACCUCGCCAUAGAGUAUGAGGUGUCGGCUGUGCCCACCGUACUAGCCAUCAAGAACGGGGACGUGGUGGACAAGUUUGUGGGCAUCAAGGAUGAGGACCAGCUGGAGGCCUUCCUGAAGAAGCUGAUUGGCUGACAAGCAGGGAAGAGCCUGCCCUAGCCCACUGGGGCCCCACGGUCCCAAGAGGGACCCCGAUAGAACUCACAGUCCUGUGUCGGCCCUUCCCGCCUCCUCCCUUCUGUCUGGCCCCUGUGGACCCAGGCCUCCAAACACAAGCCUCGAGCGCGUCUAACCCGGCUGACUGCCAGGGUGGCCGCCAGAGGAAAGGUGCUGCUGAUCUGGGGACAGCUGUCUUCCCACCCACCCUUUUCGUCUGCUCCCUCGAGGGCUGUCACAGGGCUCCCCAGAUGCUGGGAGCGAGCCUCUGGCCAGCCACAGCAUUGACUGUUGCAGCAGUAACUGCUUGGUCCUUACCUCCCUGGUCCCUUUUGAUCCCAGCCCUGGUGCAGGCUCAUCUGCCUCCUACAUUUUUCUUUCCUGCUGUUGUUUUGUAAAAAGAAAAACAAGGGGAAAAGAAACCCAAACAAGCGAGAGUAAUAUAUAAUUCUCUCAUUUUUUGUAGGUCUGUAAUAAAGAACUUUAUGUGAUUCCCUUCUACCUCCUGCUGUGAAGAACAGACCCUGGGCCCCACACUAAAUUACCCUACAGCCCCGAGUCCCCCAAAGAGCCACCUCCCUCCUCUCCCCCAGGCACAAAGGCAGUGGGUACGCGUUGGGCUGAGGGAGUCCUGCAGGCCCUUGACUCUGGGAGUCUUCAGACACCACCCUCCCUCACCAUCAGCUGGCCUUUGGUUCUCUGAGCAGGAGGCUUCACUGAACAAACCGAACCAAUAAAAGUAGGGUUAGCACUGUC